AUGACAGCCGCCAGUAGUCCGAUAAAGAAUAAUAAUACUGUUAAUAGUGGUAAUAGUAACAGUAACAACAAUUAUAAACCUACUUCAAAAGUGAUUGAUUCAUUACAUUCUCAAAUCGAUACUUUAAAAGAACAAUUGGAUGUGGUUCAAACAUCGUGUGACGACUAUAGAAAGAAGUAUAGUGUGGCGAUGCAAAAGAAUGAAUCAUACGUUGAUCAAUUAGCCAAUUCCAAACAUGAAACUGAUAUGAUUAAUGCUUUAUUAAAACGAAAAGAACGAAGAAUUCAAGAUUUAGAAACUCAAAUUAAUGAAUUAUAUUCAACUAAUGAUUCUUUAACUUUAACUACCAAGAAUCUUAAAAUUAGAUGUGAAAAUCUUCAAGAAUCAAGUGUAUCAUCCAUAGCUGAAUAUGAAAGAUUAAAGAUUUCUUAUGAUUCAUUAAUAACUUCUCAAUUAGAAUAUAAAAGACAUUAUCAACAAGAAUUAAAUCAAUUACAUGAUCAAUUUAACGAUUAUAAAUCAUCUCAACAAAAAAAUUUAGAAUCUUUACAAUUGAAAUUCGCUAAUAAUGAUAAAGAUGUCGAUAUUUUACUUGAUAGUUUAACUAAUAAAAGAAUCGCUAUGGAUUCAAUUUAUGUUAAAAAGAAUAAAAUGGUAUUAAACUUAUUAUUUAAUCUUUCAAAAGUAGCGAAAUUACAUGGUCAAGAUUCAAAAUUAAUCUUACAACAAUCAGUUGAUACUGUAAAUGCAUUAUUAGAAAAAUAUCCUGAUUUAACUGAAAAGAUAUCUCAAGUUGAACAAAUUGAUAUUAAUUUAGAUCAAAUCUUAUCUGAAUCUCAAUCUACCUUAGAUGAUUGUUCAUUUGAUGAUGAUAUGUCAAUCAAUUCGGAAGAUAGUAAAGAAUCAUCGGCAUCAAGAAAUGUUUCAAUGUCAUCCACUACUUCAAACCCAACAGUACAAAGAUCAAAUACUUUACAGAAUAAAAAGAGAAAGAAUAAACGAAAUUCAAUCAGAUUCGAUUCAAAGGGUUCAGGUCCUGAUUUCUCAACUAUAGUUACUCCAACUACAAAUAAUCAAAAUCAAUUCAUGUUACCAAAAAGACCAACCAUAACCAAUAAUACCCCCAAUAAUACUAAUAAUAACAAUACUCCUCCUCCUCCUAAUAAUCGAAAUAUAUCAAAUAAUUCAUCCUCAUCGAAUUCUCGUCAAUCUUCAGUAUCAUACCAUACCACUUAUGAUGCUAAUACAUUCCAAAUAACCCAACCAAACCGUCAUAACAGUAACAACAACAGCAAUAAUAACAACAACAAAGGAUCAUAUAGAAAUAAUAGUGGUAACAACAACAAUAAUAAUAACAACAACAACAACAACAACAACAGCAACAGCAACAACAACAAUAACAAUAACAAUAACAAUAAUGGCAAUGGGAAUGGGAAUAAUAACGGUGGAGGAAUGAGUAAACAAGCAAAGAGAAGAUCAAUGUAUAAUAACUCCAAUACAAAUAAUAAUAAUAAUCAUAAUAAGAGAAAUUCACAAUUAUUCGAUACUACAAAUUUGAAUUAUCCAACCAAUGCAAAUUAA